AUGGGGACGUUCCAAAAUAUGGUCAAGAGAGCGACCAAGAUUAAGAUGGCGGCGCCAAAGCAGAAGUAUCUUAAGCCUAUUUUGAUGAGUACGGGGGAGGAGCAAUAUUUUAAAGAGACUAUCGGUACGCUUUUGACCAGGUUGAAUGAUUCUGCGUUUACGGUUGUGUUCAAGUCGUUGGUUGUUAUGCACGUGAUGAUCCGGGAGGGGGAGGGGAAUGUGACGCUGAGGUACUUGUCGCGUCAUCCGGAGUAUUUUGAGUUGGGAGGGCUCUUGAAUGGUAGUUACGGGUCAGUCAAUUCAGGGCUUCAGAUAGUUAGGCGGUAUGGGGAUUAUUUACGGAUCCGUGCUCAAGAGUUUGGUAAGUUGGAGAGGGAUUAUGUGCGAGAGGGGUCGUCUAAUUUGAAGGAGAUCGGGAGGAACAUGGUUGUGCUAAGCCAUGUCGAAUCGCUUGAGGCUCAAAUUGCAGCAUUGAUCAAGAAUCGGUACUCCCAGUAUGAUUUGAAUAAUGAUAUGUUGAUGGCGGCAUUUAAGCUUUUGGUGCAGGAUAUUUUGGCGCUUUACAAUGCGUUGAAUGAGGGUAUUAUUACGUUGUUAGAAUGUUUCUUUGAAUUGAGUCGUCCUGACGCAAAACGUACUUUGGAUCUCUACAAGCGGUUUGUCCAUCUUACUGAAACCGUAGUCAAGUAUUUAAAGGCUGGGAAAGCCGUGGGGCUUGAGAUCCCCGUGAUAAAGCAUAUCACCACAAAGUUGAUCAGGUCCUUAGAGGACCACCUCCGUGAGGACGAGAUGCAAAAGAACGAAGGCCAGUCCACAAGUGACACUGCCAAUACUGGUAGUAAAACCAGUCAAUAUAAGUCAGAAGCGCAAAAGCAGUUGGAAAUUGUACGCCAGCAGAAACGCUUGUUGCAGGAGCAGCUCCAACUCACAUCUCCUUUGGUCCAGCAGCUAACACAAGCAGUACCUUCAGCGCCUACGGGUUACAAUCCUUUCCUGGAAACAACCCAAGCGCCACAGCAGCAGCAGUUGGUCACGGCGCAAUCCCUGAUUCAACCGCAACAUACCCAUAACCCAUUUGUCCUCCAAGCAACAGGCUUCGUACCCCAAAACACAGCGGCAUUCAUCACCACCCAGAACACUACCACCUUACAUCAUGUCCCUCAACCCCCCCACCAUCUCGUACCGCUUCACGUUACACCCCCACAACAACCAACCCCCACAGGCUCUAAUAAUCCGUUUUCACUCCAAAAUUUCAACCAACAGACCUCCAAUAUCCAAGUCACCCCGGUUACCAACCCGUUCUACGGCACGAACUUUCAAGACCUCACUCAAUCCCAGGUACCUAUAAUUUCAUAUCCUACCGGUUACCCGCAACAGCAGCAGCAACAUCAGCCGCAGCCGCAGCCGGGCUACGUAAACCAGGGCCCCAAUCUCAUCGAUAUAUAA